AUGAACAACAAAGAACAAACAACUGCUGCUAGUGUCUUAUUCUCCCCGUCCACUACACAUAAACCUAAGCAACCAUUGUCAUCAUCCAUAACUAUUGCUGCAACUGCCAGUAACAGACCAGCAACAAACGCCAGAAGUAACAAUGCUGUGCUGCCCCAACACGUUCGUCGGGUUCUACAAAAUUAUCUUCUGAUCUGGCUUGAUGCAAAUUUUGACGAAUCCAAAGAUGAUUUUAAAAAAACAUUACAGUUUCUACGAAAGAUUGUAGUAUCUAUCACGACAUUUACAAAUCCGCAACAAUGCAAAGAUUUUCUUAGUACAAUUAAGAAUGAAAAAGUGUUUAUGAUUGUAUCCGGUUCACUGGGACAUCAAUUAUUGCCACAUAUUUAUACAUUACCACAAUUAGAUUCUAUUUAUGUCUUUUGUGGCAAUCCAUCGGUUCAUAAAAAAUGGGCUAAAACAAUAUCAAAAGUAAAAGGUAUAUAUAAACAAAUCGAACCGAUUUAUACAGCACUGCAAAUUGAUUGUGAACGAUGUGAUCAAGCUAUGAUCUCGAUCAGUUUUCAUCGCAUUGAUACGUUUUUUAUAUACACACAAUUAUUUAAAGAAGUGCUUCUGGAAAUUGACGAUGAUAACGCUAAAUCCAUUAAAGAUUUUGUUGACUACUGUCGUCUUCAAGACGAUUGCCCUGAAGAUCAGAUUGGAAUGAUCGAACGAGAAUAUCAUCAACAUAAACCUAUUUGGUGGUAUACGGUUUCACAUUUUAUUCGCUCGAUGCUUAAUCGAGGCCUCCGAUUAUUGGAUGUCGGUAUUAUAUUCAAAAUGGGUUUCUUUAUUCGACAAUUACAUCAAUGUAUUGAACAAUUACAUCGAGAACAGCAGUACACGACAACAAUGGCAUCAACUCCAUUUCAAGUAUUUCGGGGUCAGGCUCGUUUGGCUGAUGGUUGGGUAUGA